AUGGCCAGAACUGCUGACACUGGAGCUGGGGUGGAAGGAGGACCGUGCAGGAGGAGCGCAAAGCAGAGUUCCCGGUCCUCCGAGGCGGCCGAAGAGGAGAAGGAGCCGCGCACGGUGACGGUCAACCCCUCGCACAUGAGGAAGGCGUUCAAGGUCAUGAACGAGUUACGGAGCAAGCGGCUCCUCUGCGACGUGGUGAUUGUGGCCGAAGCUGUGGAGAUGGAAGCUCACCGCGUGGUCCUUGCGGCCUGCAGCCCCUAUUUUUGUGCCAUGUUUACAGGAGACAUGUCUGAAAGUAAAGCUAAGAAGAUUGAAAUAAAAGACGUUGACGGGCAAACGCUGAGGAAGCUGAUUGAUUACAUCUACACAGCUGAGAUAGAGGUCACAGAAGAGAAUGUGCAGGUUUUGUUGCCAGCUGCCAGUCUCUUGCAGCUGAUGGAUGUUAGAAAAAACUGCUGCGACUUUCUUCAGUCCCAGCUGCAUCCCACGAAUUGCCUGGGCAUUCGAGCCUUCGCGGAUGUGCACGCGUGUACCGAGCUCCUGCAGCAGGCGAACGCCUACGCAGAGCAGCACUUUCCCGAGGUGAUGCUGGGAGAAGAAUUUCUUAGCCUUAGUCUGGACCAGGUUUGCAGUUUAAUAUCAAGUGACAAGCUCACGGUCUCCUCUGAAGAAAAGGUACUGUAAAUUAUGUAGCAACAGUAAAU